CACACUCACCCUCACAUCCCUACAACAUGAAGCUCAUCUUGAUGGUUGCCUUGACUGCUGUGGCAGUGGCCGACAAGUUGCCAGAAACCGUUCCAGUCGUCGCCAUCCUCCGCAGCCAGCAGGUCAACCCCGACGAGCUCGGUGCCCACAGCUCCGACUUCGAGGCUGACAACGGCAUCAAGGUCCAGCUAUCUGGCUCUGAGGGAGCUGCUGGCGGCUCCAACAUGGCCGGCUCCUGGAGCUACCCCCAGGAGGACGGCAGUAUUGCGUCAGUGAAGUUCGUAGCUGACGAGAACGGCUUCCAGCCCGAGUCUGACCUGCUGCCCGUGGCCCCGGAGUUCCCCCACCCCAUCCCCCAGUUCGUCCUCGACCAGAUCGCCUUCGCCGAGGAGGAGAGGAAGCGCAAGGCUCAAGAGGAAGCCUAGGUUGAGUAACACUCAACAUGCAGCAGUCGAGGCUGAGUUACUCAGUAGGAGGCAGCCUAAGUUGAGUAAAUUUCAAGAUGGUCACUCAGCCUAAGACUCAAGCCAAACUGCAGGUUCCUCAUGCUGAGUACUCACUAAGACGACCUCUGACCCCUCAACCCACGUCUCCUGUUGUUGAAUAUAGAGAUCCCUCUUGAUAAUUUAUUUGUUAAUGCAAAGCUCUGUAAAUAAAUCUUCAGUGUUA